UUGACACGUUAGAUUACAAUUUUCCAGUCAGUGCAACAAAAAAAUGUCCAAUGAAUGCCAAAGAAUGGGCUGAUGCAUCUGUAAGGAGAAAUUGUAACGACACACAUGGGUACCAUUGUGUACCUGAUAAGAAUUUCUCGUCUCUUAUAGAGUUUUGUUAUCCUCUAGGAAGACGUAUUCCUUUUCAAAAAGGGAAUUGUUUGGAACUGGCCUAUACUGGAAUCCUGAACCAUGUUAAGUGUGGCAAUUUCAGUUACGGAUGUCCAGAAAAGGACUUUUUCAGCAAUGAAAUGUAUCUGUAUCCAGCAUGUUUAAGGCUUGCUGAAAACUGUUUCACAGCAGAUCUUAGAUGCUUGAAAAAGCGAUACUAUGAGCAACUGCCGAGAGAAAAAAUAGAAGCAAACUGUACGUGUACCUGUCCAAAAGAGCAGUCACCAAGAGAUAAAAAUGAUUCUACAGUCUUUAUUGCUAUAAUUAUCGUAUUGUGUGUUUUAGUUAUUGCACCUUGGUUAAUUCUUUUCCUAUGUAUGAGGAUUCGUAAACAGAAAUCCUUUGCAUUAUUUACAAUUUGCAGUAAACAGAUUACAGAUGAUAAUGAAGCAACAGAUCUAUUACUGAGGGAAUCCAGCGGAAAUAUGUUGACAGAUCGACGCAGUGAAGAUCUGCAUGAUAAAAGGAAUUCAAAAGGUACCAGGCAUUAUAAAGAUAUUCCUAAUUCAUCAGUGAACGAGGUCAAGGGAAUAUUCGUCGAUUUUACAGUUGAAGAUUCAGAAUUAUUUAUCCUUUUGAAAAGACAAUGUGUAAAUGGAGUACUAGUGGGAUUUCAAUAUCUAAAUAAAACAAGAGUCAAAGAUCGAGGGAAACAUAAAAUUUUAUGUCAACGAGAUGAAGAUGGAUGUACGCUAUUACAUUAUGCAGCCCAAGGAGGUUCUAUUGCAAUACUAGAAGAAAUUAUGCAAACUAACAGUGAGGUAAAGAUCGAUAUUAAAUGUUUUCGAGGACAGACGGUUCUUGACUACGCAAUAAAAAACGAACAGAAAGACAUGAGUGAGUUCUUGAUUACUAAACAUAAGGAACUGUUACUGGAUACCUGUCAAGGAAUUAAACCAAUCCACUGGGUUGCAUGGCACGGCGAUUUAAAUAUGUUUUAUUUCCUAAGACAAAAUGAUGUUGAUCUAAACAUAAAAACAAAGAACGGAUUAAAUAUAUUAGAUAUUGCAAUUAUGAGGAACAAAGACGAAUUUUGUGAAAGCAUGAUAAAUAAUGAAUAUAUGAUACAAGAUGGAAAACAUGAUGAGUGUGGAUGGAAUAUAGCUCAUUAUGCAGCGUAUGCAAAUAACGUCAACGUUUUAGAUCUUUUAAAAUCAAAAAACAAGAGCUUUAUAAUGGCUAAAACAACAACACAGAAAACAACUCUACACAUAGCCUGUGAGUAUGGACACCUUGAAGUUGCGGGAUUUAUCAUUGAAAAUUUUGAAGAUCUCCUGCAUUACACCGAUGAUCUUAAAUGGAAUGCGAUUCAUUAUGCUGGCAAGGGUGGAAAUUUACAAGUUCUUCGUUUACUGAAGGAAAAAGGUAUGCUCAUUACAUCUCUGACAGGGGAAGAGAAAACUGUACUUCACAUAUCAUGCACUCAUAAACAGGUAGAACUUUGCAGGUACGUAACUGAGAAAUUUUAUAAUGAUCUCCAGAAACGAAACCUAAUAAAUAAAAAGACAACAACACAAUCAUGGAUGGCUGCACACUAUAUUGGGGUUGAGAGGAAAGGGGAUGGAAGUGAGGAGAAAAUCGUUGAUAUUCUGUUUGGUUGCGAAGCAAAUCUGUCUGAGAAGACGAAGCAAGGAUGGUCGGUUCUUCGUAUUGCAAUUGAUCAUUGCAAUAGACGCCUUGUAAAGCAUCUUUUGUCUAUAACAUAUAGAACUAAAUUAAACAUUACAAGAGAAAUUCUUACCGAUUAUUUAAAAAUUGCAAAGGAUGAAGGCAUAAUUAAAAUUCUUCAAGAUACUUUAAAUGAAAUGACAACAAAAUGAUCAUUGUCAUUUCGUUGAUGCCGAUCAAUUUGUUAACAGAGAGAAUUGUGUUUUCUUUUUCAGUAGAUUUAUGAAUUGGUUGUUUACUUUACAAUACACUUUUUUUUCUUAUAUUCAUUGAAUGUUUAAAAUAUUUAAAAAUUAUAUAUCCUAAGGGUUAUUGAACUUAUAUUGGUGAAUAUUGACAUAAGUUGGAUGUACAAAUGCACGUCCUUGCGAGUGCAUUUGUACAGCCAUCGAGUGCCAAUAUUCACCAAUAUAAGUUCAAUUACUCCUAUUUUUAUACGGUAAAAAUAUUUCCUCAUAAUUUAUAAUAAUUAUUCCAACUGGAAAACUCAAAUUAAUGAUUUUUUAACAUCAGUAUUCAAAUUAACUCCUGUCCUGUAAGACGUUCAAUAUCGCAUCAUUCCGAUGACCUUACUGAGCGCAAUGAUUUGCUUAUUUAGUUUUUAAUGGGUCUAAUACACACUAAAUUUUUAAUGAAUAGUUUAAUUUUUUGUAAAAAAUAAUUACAUCUUACCUAAAUGCCACUUCCUUUCUUUAAUUUAGCUCUGAGAAUUUGAUCAGACGACUUUACUUUUGUUUACAACGGGGAGUUCGAUAUUGAACGCUCGUAUUCGGAAUGAUUCGGGCGUACUCGCAUACGCAAUACAAACUUAACGUUCAAUAAAACGUCAAGAUAUUGAACGCUAAAAUUCUCUAGAUUUUUGGUAGUAUUUUAUUAGAGACUACUUAUUAGCUAUAUAAUAAAGUAGCAUUUAUAGAACAGUUAUGUCAUAAACUGAUUUGUGUUGAUUUGCAAAAGACAGUUUUUAUAUUAUUUUGAAAGCUUGAAAGAAUCCGAAAGUGUGAACAAUGCAUUGAAUAAUGUGAGAGGGUGAGCGCAUGAGUGUAAUUAAUGUUAAUAUGUUUGUUUACAACUUCUUUGUUUAUUUUGAGAAAAAUGUUAUUAAAAUAAAUUAUUAUAAGAAAAUGAAAUAGUUAACGGAAUAUAUUUUAAGAUUUAUCCAAAUGUCAACAAUAAAAAGAUUUUAAGUGACAUUUUUUUAAAACUAUAUGUAUAGAAAUAUAAGCAUGGUUGUGGAAACGUAGAAUUUUGAACACUUUCGAAAGUUUUUUUUUCUGAUAGUUAAGAAAUCUAUAAUUCUCAUUAUUUAGAACAGAAUAGGUAAAAAAUAUAUACCGGUCCAGGCAUCCAUUUUUGUUUUGUUUAUUCAUGUAUCAUUUGUCCUUGAUUGCCUUAAAUAAACGUGCUCCUAAAAAUAA